UGACACAAUAACAAGCACAGUUCUUCCCAACCGGACCUCGUCCUCUAAGCAUUACAAUGCACUAUAUUCAGCUUUUGGUUUCCACCCUUGCAGCUUUUCCCGCUGCUCUUGCCCUAGACGUUGACCUGGCAUUAAUUUAUGCCGGUAAUUACGUACAGCCGAUUAGCUCCUCUUAUGCUACAGCAUGUGUACCAUUUAAUUAUCCUGAACCAGCAGAAUAUAUAAAAGUGAACCCUCGCGGUUUGGUGGGCGCCGACAUAUCCUGUGAUCUCUACGACAACCCUUUCUGCCGUGGAUCACCGGUUCUCCCUAAUGUCCAUGGUGGAAAGAACCUCGAAGGCGAUGAUAUUGUUGCGGCAAGAUGCUUCUUACGCCCAAUUGACAUGUGAUUGCCU